GCCUUCCUGGGACCCCAGCAUUUCCUGAGUGCUGCGUGGUCCAGGGCCUCCGGCUUGGGAUGGGAGAUGGAUCUAGUUGUGAGUCCAGAGAGUCCUGCCUCCCAGAGCCAGGCGUCCCCUUUGUGGUCUGCAGAGCGCCGGUGGGUGCCCGGCUUGGUCUCCCUGUGACACAGUGUCAGGAGGAAGGCCACCAGGCAUUCUGGGAGAGUCUGUGACAUGAGCCCAUGUGCCAAGUGCUGGUCCCUGAGGCUUGGUGCUCAGAAAGGCAAGUUACCGUCGUCCUGGAUGAGGCACACCAGGACAGAGCCCCUGGACUGCCAGGUUCCCGACCAGGGAGGAGGAGGAGGAAGAGAACUCCAUCUGCUGGGGCCUGAGUGUGGCCUAGGGGACAGGCCAUCGUCCCAGAAUGCCCCUGCCGGAGCCCAGCGAGCAAGAGGGCGAGAGUGUGAAGGCUGGCCAGGAGCCGUCCCCAGAGUGCCCUGAGCCAGGCACAGAUGUUGUGCCUGCAGCACCCAGGAAGCCCAGGAAGUUCUCCAAACUGGUCCUGCUGACGGCCUCUAAGGACAGUGCGAAGGUGGCAGGGGCCAAGCGCAAAGGGGUGCACUGCAUCAUGUCCCUGGGAGUGCCCGGCCCCGCCACCCUUGCCAAAGCCCUCCUCAAGAUCCAUCCUGAGGCUCAGAGGGCCAUCGAGGCACCCCCACAGGAGCCUGAGCAGAAACGCAGCAAGCUGGACACAGCAGGAAAAGAAGAUGGAAGGUUGGCAGGGCAGUCUGCCCCCAGUACUGAGGUCGUAGGGGAGGAGCCCACCGCAGAUGCCGUCAUGCCCAGCACCCUCCUGUAACUCUGACAAGCAUGGUAUGCCCUCACUGGAUCAGUGACCUUGGCUGUGACUUCUGCUGGGGACCCAGUUGCAACUGGUUUUCAUUCUCAAACAUUGUGUAAUUUUUUCCAAAUCAAGCAUAAAUUACUUUUAUAAACAGAAAAAAAAACCUCAAAAAGAAAAAAAGAAGCUGUAUGCGAGGUCCCAUUAUGGACAGGUUUUAUAACCUUCUGUGGUCCUUUGAGACCCCACCGCAACCCCACCAGCCUUCCCCGGGCCCUGUCCCAGGGCUCAGACCCCGGCCCCUCAGCCUGGAGAGCCACCACUGGCCUGGAGACUAGGUGGGCUCUCUGAGCUUUCUCCUUCCUACUGUUUCUGGCUUGAAAGGGGUGCAGUGGGACCCCCAGGCCUGAGCCCCUGGGAAGCCUAUCCAGCCCCUCCCUGACCAUCCCUCCAGGGCCUGUUCCCAGGAGGCUUGCCUCCUCUAGACAUCCCACCAACUGACAGCUUCCCCCCACCCCUCAUGGGAGCCUGUGUUCAUGGUUGCCCAGAGUUCUGCUGGGGAGGGGGUGGGCCCCAACCGUAGUGUAUGAUGCCCCUAUCAUGUUCCUUCUGGGUGAUUUGGGGGCUGAGCUUCCUGGGCACCUGACCCCUCCCCAGGCACCUUGGGUGCCACCCCUGCUGGAGGAGGGAGUGAACAGAACACAGUUACCCCCCCUACAAACGGAAGUCAGGGUUCCCUGGAGGCCCCCCACAGGAAAGGCUUCGGCCUCCAGUUGGCUUCACCUCACAUGGUCCUCGUUUUGUGGAAACUGCCAUCGGGCAAAGGAAACAAAUGGAUUAUUUCUAAAAUGUUGAGACUAGAGGCCUUAUGUUUUUGAACAUUAUCUUCCCAAAUUUAGCUUGCAUUAUGGACCCCUCUUAGGAAAAGUGAGUUCCUCAGCACCCCUCCUGGCCCAGCUCCAUCUUGCUCUGUUUCUCCUCCAGCGUGGUUGUUAACAUUUAUGCUCUGUAACCAUCAUUUGAAAUGUUCCUUUGUCCUAAUUUGAUAUUUAAAUAGAUUCUGCUCUUCACCAUGUUUCUCCUUUCCUGUGGCUCUGCAUCAUCCCCUUCGUGGGCUGGUGUGGUCAGAUGACAGGAACGCCUGAGGAGUUGGUGGUGGGGUUCCCCCUGGGAAGCAGAGUGAAGAAGGGGCCUGAGGAGGACAGGGGGGCCGGCAAGGGGCGACUUGGUGCAGCUCGGCCUGCUGUCCCAGCAGACCUGGCCCAUGGCAGGACAUGGUGGGCAGUGGCUCAGGGUCUCGGGGCCUGGAGCCCACAGGGAGGAUUCCAGGCUCAUGAUGGGGAGUGGGAGGCCAGGGAAGGAUUUAGGCAGACGAGGGACAUGGUCAGCGUUGUUGUACAAAGCCUACGGGCUCCAUGAGGGGAACCGACUGGAAAUGUCCAAAGGGGGCUCUGAAAGUCUGGCAAGAAGGUCACCACGGCCUUGGGGGACAGGAGACCGAGGGGAGGUGGGCGGUGCUGUCAAGACUUGACACUGGUUCAGUGACAGGUUGUCCCAUCGGGGAGGGACAGUGCCAGCGACCAGGAGGAGAAUCGCCGUGUUCCUGUGAACAGUGGUUCCCCCGAUGUUAGAGCAGAAAAUCCUCAGAGGUCACGGAUUGAUGCCAGCGCUGGGUCUCUGCACUCUGUGAGAGGCUUGGUUGGGGGGCUUCAUUAUAAAAUGAAGGAGGCUCUGCCUCAAGAGUCAGGGUAUCUGCGAGGCUCUGUCGGCUCAGCUCAGGUCAUGAUCUCAGGGUCCUGAGAUGGAGCCCCAUGUCCCAGCCGUCUGUGCGCUGGGCAUGGAGUCGGCCUAAGAUUCUUUCUCUCCCUCUCCCUCUGCCCCUCCCGCCCCUUAAAAAAAAAAAAAGUAAAGAAGAUGACUAUACACUUCCUUCAAAACAUAAUUUAUUGGUCCUCAAGCUAAAAAAAAAAGAUAAUUCAUGGUCAUUGAAAUAAAU